AUGAUGGUUCGCCUGUCUCGGAUCCAACUGGCUCUGUUCUUUAUCUUGCUUUGCCCGGUCAAUAUCAUCGGAUUGUGGUGGGCAGUGGGCAGUCCACUGCUGAUGGAUCCAAACAGCAUAUGCAAGAAGACAAAGCGUCUUGUGGGGAAGCAGGCCGAGCUGUGUCAGACUCAACCAGAAAUCAUCAAUGAGGUGGCCAAAGGAGCCAGGCUGGGUGUCAGGGAGUGCCAGUUCCAGUUCAGAUACCGCCGGUGGAACUGCACCAGUCACAAUAAGUACUUUGGCAAAAUAUUGCAGCAAGAUAUCCGGGAGACAGCGUUCGUGUACGCCAUCACAGCUGCCGGCGUGACCCACGCAGUGACGCAGGCCUGCAGUAUGGGAGACCUGCUACAGUGUGGCUGCGAGGCCACCAGGAACAGAGCCCCCCCAAGACCUCUGUCGUCCUCUCCGCGCGAUGGUGUCAAGUGGGAAUGGGGUGGCUGCGGUGAUGAUGUGGAGUUUGGCUACGAUAAAUCCAAGCAGUUUAUGGACGCAAAAAGGCGACGAGGCAAGAGCGACAUCAGGACACUCAUAGAUCUGCACAACAAUGAAGCUGGGCGACUGGCAGUGAAGCUCUACAUGCGGACCGAGUGCAAGUGCCACGGACUGUCCGGCUCAUGCACGUUACGCACUUGUUGGAAAAAGAUGCCUCACUUCCGCGAGGUGGGCGACCGCCUCCUGGAGCGCUUCAACGGUGCCUCCAAAGUGAUGGGCGGCAAUGACGGCAAGACGCUUAUCCCCGUAGGCCAGAACAUUAAACCUCCGGACAGGCAGGAUCUGAUCUACUCAGACGAAUCGCCCGAUUUCUGUCUGGCGAAUCGUAAGACGGGGUCUCUGGGGACGCGGGGGCGUAUCUGUAACAGCACCGCCAUGGACAUCAGUGGCUGCGAUCUGUUAUGUUGCCAGCGAGGCUACCGAGAAGAAACUGUGGUGUUUGAGGAGAACUGCCUGUGUCGUUUCCACUGGUGUUGUGUGGUCCAAUGCAAGAAGUGCUCGGUCCGAAAGGAGCUGAGUCUCUGUCACUGA